ACCAUUUUCACAUUGAAAUUUCCUUCAGCUGAUUCAUACUCUGCUGGAGUCAGUCUAGACCAACAAGAGGUCCAGAUGUUGCGGCUGUGCGUUUUAGUUCUGCAAAACUCAGGUCAGAUAUUAACACAUUCCUCCAAAAGACAACAUGAUGUUAAAUAGAAAUGGACCCAAAAAGGCUUUGCUGGUAAACUGGCUGUUGUUUACUGUCAAUCAGUGUCCCGCCUGUCAUUUAGAGGAAAGUCAGAUAUAAAGGCGCGGUUGUUCUUUGACGAGGAAAUAACCUGAAUAGCUUGAAUGGAGUCGCACUCUCCUUUAAAGGUGUGGGCGGGGAGCAGAGAGCAGAGUCGGGUUACAGAGCCAACCCCUUUUUCUAUUCUCACACACACACACACACACACACUGCAGAGCAGUCCAGUCACAGUCUCGUAAGGCACUUUGGGCUGUGUGUGCGCUCAGGUUGUAGUUUCAAGCUUUCCUGGGAUGACUAUGAGACUAACUGCCAUCAAUGAAGGACUACAAAACGACACGCCACUGGGGAACCUGCACAGCUCGUCCACACCUUUUCCAAAGGUCACUGACCUCUGAGAAAGGGUUGAUCCAGUUUCACUCCUCUUUGUCAAUGACACCGAACUUUUGUGUAUCGGAUGAGCACUUUUAUCAAGUGAGGAGAUGGCCAAAGUGUACAGACUCUAUGUAGGAAUAGUAACAGCUCUGGCCUUAUGCAAAUACUCCCUGGCAGAAUGGAAUGCCACAGACGAGUCUGCCAAUCCGACUGUGCCCCACUGUCAUCCCCAUGGCAACAGAGACAAUUGCACAGCAGACACGACAGAUGCCGGCCACUACUCGAAAUGUCCUGAGGAACUAGCCAACUAUUGUGUCCACGGGGAGUGUCGUUACGUUGAAGAACAGCAGGCACCGUCUUGCAGGUGUCAGCAGGGUUACAUUGGCUCCAGGUGUGAAUAUCUGGACCUGGACUGGCGGAUAGGAGAGAAACACCAAAUCAUAAUUGCCUGCAUUGCAGGGCUCGUUUUCCUCGUUCUUCUCAUUGUAUUCAUCUGCAUUUGUUCACAUCGUAGAUGCAGACUGUGCUGGCGGAGGAGAAGACGGCGGAGGGAAGAGCCGAGGAACGGGACAGAGAAGCUCAGCAUGAUGGACACCGGUGCAACACAAACACCCUUAACUGAAGACUCAACAGAGCCACCACACACCAAUGCUGUAUGAGCAGUGUGUGUGAGGAUGUGUGCGACUACAGAGAGCUUGUUUAGACGCGAGGGAUUUUGUCCUUCAUGUGACAGCUGCUGCCUUUUGUCUCACAGCGUGCUGUUGAAGGUCCCUCUGGACUGAACAGGACUGGGGCCCUGCUCGCAGGAAGGACUUUUCUGGAUAGAGGCUGUCAGCUCAGGGAGGAGUUUUGACCCUACCUAAAGAUCAGUCUUGUCUGAAACUUUGAUGAAGCAUCAGAACACAGAUGAUGCCAUCCUGGAUUUACAAUUAACACAAGAUGAGUGUUCAGCUGGUUGUAUGCUGGCACGGACGCCUUUUCCAAGUGGCAUGGAGCCACAGCCGCUUGUAACCUUUUCACUUUGCACUGCUGACUGCACGGUGCUAAAUAAAUUGUUGCUGUGUUGGAAAAAGCUGUGACACCAGCUGGCAGCCGGUAAUAACGGUUGAUCAGGUAAUUGGUCUGCUUGGGACACUCUGAAAAAUGAGAGGAGAGGGACUGUGUGAAGAUACUGCACUCCAUGUUCUCUUUGGGCAAAUCCUGUCACAUGAAUAGAUCAUUAAAUGCAUAGAAAUAAUCAAUAUUACUGUUUGAGUGUGAUGCAUCUUUGUGUCAUAUUGUUUCUGCUUUGUUUGGUAUUGAUAUUUCACAAUCCACAUCACAAAAUCAAACAGUUUGCAUCAUUUAUUUCUCUAUCUACUCACACAUGUAAAUUUACGCAGAAUAUUGUUACUUAUCAACACAAGAAAUGCAAGAAAAGCCUUCCAGAAGGUUGCAGUUCUGAACCCCGGUUCGGAGGACAAGGAGAACUUGUGCUGGAGGCUCUUUUGAACUGUAUAUUUGGAGCCGAGCAGCCUCCGAGCUGCAGAGGCAGAACAGCCGAGCCUGUGUGCAGAGGCCUGAAAGUGCUCCACUGUACGAGACAGUUUCCAAACUGCCAGCCUUUCACUGGCUUUUUAAUGUGUAUCUGUAUGUGUGCUAACUCUGCAUCUAAAAGUAGGAUGAAGGUAGUGAGGA